GUACUGGGUUUAUUGUUUAGCAGUUAGAUGUUCUGGUUCUAAUGUGAGCAGAGCAGUGAUCCCACAACAUGGGUUUGGAGGAAAGAAAAUGUUUAAUUGGUGUAGUUAUUCAUGUCAAAGUUAGAUGGAUAGAAAAAAGGGGUUCUACAAAUGAAAUACAUAUGGUUUAUGUCCUGAUUCAUAGUUUCCAUUUCCUCCGCAGUUUCAUGUCGUUUGAUUUUAGGGUUGCUCAAAUGGCUGGUGAUCAAGAAACAGCUGACAAACAAUCAGAACCUACUUUGUCAAAUCCAUCUCAAAAACAGGAAACUCGUGAUGAAGUGCUAUUUAGGAACAGGAAAGAGAUAUCUAAUCUGCAGAAGAAGGAAACUGAAAUGAAGAAGGCAGCAGCAAAGGGUAGCAAAGCUGAGCAAAAGGCUAAAAAGAAGCAGGUUGAGGAAGAGAUCUCUCAACUCUCUGCUAAGCUUAAAGAAAAGCAUGCCCAAGAGCUUGCUUCAUUAGGAUACAGCACUAGUAAUGAAAAUGAGAAAAACAGUCUUGACAACUUGGUGAAGGCCAUUGCUGGGGUUUCUGUUGCCAGUCAGCCUGACCAUUCAAAGCCCAGCAAGAGUACGAAAAGAGAUGAGAGAAAAGAGCUCAGCAAGAAGCUGCAAGAGAGCAAAGAAUUCAAGAAGAGCGGAGCAACAUUGUGAGUGAGAGAAUGAUUGAAGAUGAGUAGUUGGUGAAAAAACUUGAACCCCUUGGAUUGAAGAUCAAUGAAAUAAAGCCAGAUGGACAUUGCCUCUACUGAGCUGUUGAAGAUCAACUGGCACUUCUGUCAGGUGGUUCUUCUCCUUAUACAUACCAAGAGCUGCAUGAACUGGUGGCUGCUUAUAUGAGGAAAAACAUAUCUGAUUUCCUUCCCUUUUUCCUGGCCGAGAAUUUGGCAGACGAAGAUGCUGGAAAGUCACCAGCAGAGAGAUUUGAGCAUUACCGUAAAGAGGUGGAGUCAACAGCUGCUUGGGGAGGACAGUUAGAGCUGGAAGCUUUGACUCGCAGCCUAAGAAAACAUAUCAUGAUAUUUUCAGGAUCCUUCCCUGAUGUGGAGAUGGGAAAGGAAUACAAAGCUGAAUGAGGGUCUUCUUCAUUCAAAGGUUCUGUUAUGUUAUCAUACCAUAGGCAUGCCUUUGGUCUUGGCGAGCACUAUAAUUCUGUGGUCCCAAAUGGGAUUGGAUUGGUAACUUCAAAUCACCAGCGGUAGAUUCCUAUCCGUAUCGAUGUUUACUUUAUUAUGAUCUCUUGAGAGAAUAAGUGACAAACUCUUAA